CCAGAGGGCUUUGCGAGUCAGACCUAGGCGUGGGGCGGAGCAGAGUCCCUGUCGGCUUGGGGGCGGGGCUAGGGUUAAGCCCCGCCCACCGGCGCCAUCUUCCUGGACCCGGGCGGGGCAGUGGGUUGUACGGCGCCGCUCGGGAAGGAAUCAGGAGGCCUUUCCUAGGGGCCCUGGACUGCUGUAAGGACAAUGGACUCCGGAGCUCGCCCAGUUGGUAGCAGCUGUAGUAGUCCUGCAGCGCUGUCACGGGAAUACAAACUAGUGAUGCUGGGUGCUGGUGGCGUCGGGAAGAGCGCCAUGACAAUGCAGUUCAUAAGCCACCGAUUCCCAGAAGAUCAUGACCCCACCAUUGAGGAUGCAUACAAGAUCCGGAUCCGCAUCGACGAUGAGCCUGCCAACCUGGACAUUUUGGAUACAGCCGGGCAGGCAGAGUUUACAGCCAUGCGGGAUCAGUAUAUGAGGGCAGGAGAAGGAUUUAUCAUCUGUUACUCGAUCACGGAUCGCCGAAGUUUUCAUGAAGUUCGGGAGUUUAAACAGCUGAUUUACCGCGUCAGACGCACUGACGACACACCAGUGGUUCUCGUGGGAAACAAAUCAGACCUGAAACAGCUGCGGCAGGUCUCCAAGGAAGAGGGGUUAUCUCUGGCGCGAGAGUUCAGCUGUCCGUUCUUCGAGACCUCUGCUGCGUACCGUUACUACAUCGAUGACGUCUUCCAUGCUCUUGUUCGCGAGAUUCGGAAGAAAGAAAAGGAAUUAGUAUUGGCCAUGGAGAAAAAGUCUAAACCCAAAAGCAGUGUGUGGAGGAGGCUGAAGUCGCCGUUCAGGAAGAAGAAAGACUCGGUAACCUGAGGGAAGUGUGACAUCCCUGCUGUGAACUGCGGUGCUGCCCGACAGCCCAGUACCUGCAAUAACGUGCACACUGUCCACUCUCUUUCCUGCUACCCUAAAUGCCACUGGCGAGGGGGCCAUGGCCACUGGGCGUUUUCAGCGACUCUGACUUUUUAGCCCUCAGAGCACUGCCCACUCCUUGAUUGUCACAGGGGAAUUUGAUCUGCCAUUGUUUUGGUUAUGUUGCUGACGUAAAUUAAUUUGUGUAAAUUGUUUAUACCCAGGAGAAUAUGUAUACCGUGUGCACUUGACUAAGUUUACAAAAGGAACUUUGCUGUCUACUCCCACCAUCCUUCAACUUGAGCUUCCUGGUACUGUCUCACAGAAGGACCUCUCUACCUUGUUUUUCCACACUGUGUAUCUUGGAGACAGAACAAAAUAUUGCAUAGGGAAACUAACGAUAAAGAGAUUGGUGCUAAAGGUGAGUAGGCAUCUGUGGCACGGACUCCUGUUGUAGAUUAUGAAGUGAUUAGGGAGAUAUUGUUGUGUGUUUACACCAGGAAGACAUGGCAUAUGGGGUCAGAAAGUGUUCCCGUGAUGAGCCUGAGGACUGCGCGUUUGACCCAAAGGCGAGACAGAAACGGAAACGUAGAGGGAAGGUCUCUCUUGAACAUACUUGUUCUUUUUUCAGUGUCUUGCCUUCCUUUAUCUUUGAAGACUGGCGCUUUGAGAACUGCUUCUGGAUCUGGACUAGUCACGAGCUCACUCAGUUCUUGUUUACAUCCCUUGUUGGGCUCACUGCUGUGAUCCUAGUAUUUAUAAGGCUAAAGUAGGAGAACUUCCACAAGUUUGCGGCUUGCUGGGCUACAGAAUGAAAGCCUGUCUUAGAAAAACAAAACCAAGAAUAAACAAAUAAGUAAAUUCUUUCUUA